GUGAGGAGGUGAAGUCCCGCUUACUAAACUCGUUGAGAGUUUACUACCAAUCACAGUACAGUUGUUCCAAGAGUAAGACUAAGAAUCCUUCUUCUUCGAUGCGUAGGGAAUCAUUCAUAUUAUUACUGUAUUUAAACGAUUAUUGUUUUGAUGUAAUGUAAUACAGAUACAUCAUUUUAAAUGUAUCAAUUGAGUUAAUGUGUUGUAGAUUUUAAUUUUGUGAAAGUGAAAAUAUAGAAAAAUAAACAGGAUUAAAAUCUUACCUUAAUAAAUACUUUAGUUAGUUGAUAUAUUACUGAAUAAUAUUCAACAAAUAACAGUUAAAAAGUGCUAAGAAGAGUGAAUUUAUUUUUUAAACUGGUAGUGUUGCCAGUGCUGCUGACAGCAGGUCGUACAUGUGACUUGUGCUCGUAAAGAAUGCGGUAGGAUGCGCAUCCAGGAAAUAUGUAUCACGUCCCUUACCUUGGUGGCAUUUGUAUGCCUCUUGGGUCAGAACGGGCUUGCGCUCAAUCAAAAUACAAAACAACAUCAACGAUUUAUCAGAGCAGAUGAAAUACUCGAAAGUGACACUAUUCUUGAUGUAAGUUCAGUAAGGUCCGAACAUAAUUUACAUGACACACUUAUUGGUAACACAACAAAAUAUAUAAAAGACAUAGAAAUUAAACCAUCAGAAAAUAAAAAAAAAAUACUUGGACUAAUUGACGGAGCUGUUGGACUUAGUAAAUUGAAAAAUGAAACAAAAUAUCAUAGACCUAAGGAUAGUAAAAUGGAAGAAAAGACCAUGAAGUUAUCAGGAUUAUUUGUUACUGAACCAACUACAUUACCCACAAGUACGAGUGAUCAAGUUAACAAAAACAUUCAUCAUUUAAGUGAUUUUUCAUUGAACAGCCAACCAAUUUUAAAUUCUUCAUUAAUUAACGUUGAAAAAAUAUCAACACAAUUUGAAACAAGAGAAUCGAACUUUUCACGAGCUCGCGCACUCAAUAUAUCGACGCCAGAGCCUACAAAUUCCUUAAACGCUAAUCUAACGGACCUUAGUGACGUGAGCAUGGAUGAUGAAGAUAAAGAAGUUGAAGGCGGAGAAUACAUCGCAAAUCAUAAUGACACUUAUACGGAAAUAACACCGGUAAUUUUAUUAAGUGAACAUAAAUGUAUGGAAAAUAAUAAAACGUAUGCAGUUGGAGAUAAAAUUAUACGAAAUUGUAAUGAAAAGUGCGUCUGUGGACAAAAUGGAACAAUCCAAAACUGUGAACCUCUCUGUAUUCCACCUUAUGUACGAGCAAGCAAAGGAACUCAAGAUCCUUUUUGUCAUGAGCAAAAAGUGAGCGAGGAUGGAUGUUGUGCUGUUGUAGUAUGUGCUGAUUCUGCACCAGAACCUGAUGAAACUUGUUUUUUCGCCAACAAACCCAUAUUACGAGGACAACGAGUUGAAGAUGGAUGUACCAAAACAUGCUUUUGUGAUAUUGGUGGUGUGCUUAAAUGCGAACCUCGAUGUCCACCGAAUGAAACAACUUCUGAGAUACAUAAUCAUGAUCGAUGCGUUGCUUUAGCUGAUCCACGAGAUCCUUGCUGUACAAUAACGUAUUGUGAUGUAAGUCUUGGAGAGCAUGAAAUUAAGUCAGAAAAUGUAGCUGAUCUUAGUGUUAGUCUUACAGAUGUUAAAGUUCUAAAUUCAACAGCUGUAAAACUUAAAUUGUCUUCAGAACUAACGAAUAAGACAGUUAUUGAAAUAUCUAAAAAUAAUCAUAUUUGGAGUCAACAGAAUCCCGACAAAGGAGGAAUAUUAUUAAAUCUAGAACCAGCUCAUAGUUAUUAUAUUAGAAUAACGGAAGAAGGUCGAACUGGACCAGCUAUACGAGUUACCCUACCAGCCGAAGUAAUAAAAACUAAUAUAACGGAAAAAAUGGAUAAAAAUUCUUGUAGUCAUCGGGGUAAACUAUAUAAAAUUGGUGCCGAAUGGUAUGAUGAGUGUAUUUCCUUCUGUGUCUGCAAUGAAGGUGCGAAAACUGAGUGCAUCACUAUCGAAUGUCCUACAGACUUCGGUCUCGAUGUUCUUGAUCCUCAUUGUCUUGAUUGGGAAACUGUACCUCCUAAUUUCGUAGCUAAAGCUCCUCAUUGCUGUCCUCAAGAAGUACGCUGUCGAAAUAAUGGAUCAUGUGAUUAUGAAGGUAAAACGUAUGAUAACUGGAGUGAAAUUCCAAGUAAUGUUACUGGUUGUGAAAAGAGAUGUUAUUGUGAUAUGGGAAAAGUAUCCUGUCAAGCAGCAUGCCCACCAGUUUUAGCUUUACCUCCAGCUAGUUUACAAUGUUCUAAUCGAGCAAUACUAGCUAAAUUACCUCAUGAUGAAUGUUGUUCUCACUGGAUAUGCGAUCCAACAGGAUCUUCCUCUUCAGGAAAAAAUACAUCGUUCGCGUCCCUUGGUCCCAUGACGAUUGACCUGAAAAACCAGCAAUCCAUUGACAAUAGUGAAAAACCAAGUAACAAAUCCAAAAUACUAUCAAAGCCUAUUCAAGAGGUAGGAAGCAGUGGCUCUUCUCAUCUGUGGUACAAUCAAAACAUGGUGUCAACUUCUAAUGCUCCUGAAUUAUUACAUUAUCCUAUGGACCCUGGUCAUCCUACUAUUCCGUAUAAUGGUCCAUAUAAUCCAGACUAUAAACCUACUGAAGCCAGUGUAGAGGAAAUAUUUCAAUUAUCCAAUAAACAGCAUGAAAAGAUUGCACCACCUUUGAAAGAUAAAUCUAAAUCAAAAACAGAUUCUAAAAAACUUAUUGAACCAAUCAAACAACAUAAAGAAAUUAUCGAACAACAUUUAUUACAUCAUCAUCAACCCAUACAAGAAAAUUUCCCUGGUCCGUUAGCGCCAGAUAAAUUUCCAUUAAUAAACUCAGGAAAUAAUAAAAAGAACACUGAAAACUUCAAUAUUCCAACUAAAAAUCUUAACAAACUUUCUUCUCCGCCAAUCAAAGAAGUUAAUACAGCAGAUCAACCUCAGUUUAUUUCUCUUAAUAAUCCUGAUUCUGCUUCAUUUUCAUUUUCUCCUAUUAACGGUGAAAAUAUCCCACCAGCUAAAUUUGAUCCAACACAAUUUGAUAAUUCAGCUGCGGGACCACCUUACAGGGAUAUUGAAUCCACAUCUGUAAAACAGAAUACACAAGAUCCUUUAUAUAAUAUACCUACAAAUACAAAGAAAAAAACUCCUGGCGGUAUAUUUAGUGAUGAAUUAAAACCCAAACCAGAUUAUCCAUCGUCAACAAAAAUUAAAUCAAGUCAAAAGAUGCCAGAUCAAGGAAUUCUUCCUGAAGAAAUUUUACAUUUGAUUAAUCUUCAUCACCCAGGCAUAGCUCAACCAGAGAAUCAUCCAAUUGAAAGUCAUCCUGGUCUUUACGAAUUUCAUCAACAGAUAUCAAAUCAAGGUGAUUCACCAACAAACCAAAUUCCAUUGGGAUAUUUUGGUGUACCAAUUCAAGGAUCUAAAAAAGUAAAGCCUCAAAUAGUUGCUCACAAAAAUGAAGAUGGUGAGACAACUUAUCAUAUCCAUACACAAGAAAUUCCUAAUUCUAAUCAACAAAUUGAAGAAUUACUUGCUCAUAUAAAUCAGUAUAAUACCAAUCUUGGUUCUCUUCAAAAUUAUCCACAUCAAAAUCCCCUUAUUCACCCUUAUCAAAAUGGAUUGCCUGCACAGCCACCUCGCAUCGAUGCUCACACCCCGAAUUCAGGAGUUUUGCACUUGAACCAUCCAUUCAACGCUCAAGCACCCAUGCAAUCAGGUUUAUCAGAGGAUACGUAUACUACGAAUUUUCCAAUACACAGCGGUAUUUCUACAUAUUCUCACAAUGUUCCUGGUCAACCGUUGACGAAUGAAGUAUUUAUCAAGGCUCUCGAUGCUCUUGAUGAGAAAACAGUGAGAUUAAUUUUUACAGUACCUUCAAUUUUAGUAGGACUUCAUGGUCGUGUUGAACUACGUUACACAAGUGAUAAAGCAAAUAUGGAUCCUUCAACAUGGGAAUCUCAAGUAUUUAUACCACCGAAUGACAUUAUAGCAACACCUCAACUAGAAUUUGAACUCGAUGGAUUAGAACCAGCUACUGAAUACAAAGUCCGAGUGAUAGUUAAUUUAAGAGAUAUAAAAACUAGUCCGAGUAGCAAAAUUUACAGUGUUCGAACUCUUAAUAAACAUGAAGAACUUACAACAUUACCCCCUCAAAUUCCUAUUGAUGCUGAAUUGAGAGUAAUGGAAAUCAACUCAAGUUGGAUUAAUGUAAUUUGGAAGAAAUUUACUGAAUAUGAACUUCAAUUUAUUGAUGGUGUUCAGUUGAGAUAUAAAGAACAUGAUAGUAAAGUAUACGCUACAACAUCACUUAUUCAUAGAGCAGUAACUAAUUAUUUCAUUGAGAACUUGAAACCAUCAACUACAUAUGAAAUUGGAAUUUCUAUUAUUCCAUUUCCUGGUCAAACAACAGAGCUUAUUAGUGAAAGAACGAUACAAAUUACAACUUCCGUUGAACCGGAUCCCUACUCAUUUGAUGUAAAAGUAGAAAUAAAAAUGGUUAAAUCACAAGAUGUUGAAAUAUCAUGGAGUGGAGUUCCUUAUCCAGAAGACAAAUACGUCAACAUCUAUCGAGCAAUUUAUCAAAGUGAUAGUGGAAAAGGCGAUACAAGCACAUUUAAAAUAGCAAAAAGAGAUUCUCCAGCUAAAACAAUAAUAAAUGAUCUUAAACCUGGCACUAGGUAUCGAUUGUGGCUUGAAGUUUAUUUAACUAAUGGAAGAAUAAAAAAAAGUAAUGUACAAGAUUUUAUCACGAAACCUGGUACAGUUUUACCUGUUGGUAUUUCUCAACAAGGAAAACUUGCGUCAAUUCCAUUACAUGAAGGAAACUAUUAUGGACCUCUAGUCAUUGUAGCAAUUGUUGCGUCUCUUGCUAUUCUGUCAACACUCAUACUUUUGAUGAUGCUAAUGAAAAGGAGAUCAAGUAGUAAAGCAGAUAUAUCACCUCGUAAAACAACAUCAGCCUACGAUAAUCCUUCCUACAAGACCUGUGAGGAAAUAGUAACAAUCACAAAUGGUCGGAAUAAAGCAUCGGAGCAUGAAAUGUCUGCUAUUAAUUUAAAUCUCGAUACCAAGGAAAGUGCAUAAAUUGCAUCAAUAGUAGUUAUUAACGAUUAUGAUAUAUAUAUAUAACGAUAAAAUAUAUGAUAAACAUAAAAAAUAAUACGAUUUAUCCUUAUGAAUAUUUUUAAAACUAGAUAUUUAAUUUUUUUAUGUUUAGUCAACUGGUUUAUUUAUUUUCCAUUGAAGAAAAAAAAACAGUAUAUACAGAUAAUGAAUAUGAAACUCAAUAAAUUGUCUUUUAAUUAAUUUCAACAAUUUAAGAUAACUUUAUAUUUAUGAUAAUUAAUUAUAUAUCCAAUUUAUGAUUCGUAAAUACUUGUACAUAGAACUUUUGUGCAAUACAUAAUUUGUGUAAUUUUUUAUUAAUACUACUAUUUCUUAUAAAAAUCGAUUGAAAAAUUUCCGAAGAAAAAGAUU